ACGUGCAAGAGCCUUAAGUGAACCAUAGCCAAGAGAAGAAGAAGAAAAGAAUCUAGAGAUGGAGAAAAAUGAUGAUAAAGAUGUUUCUCUUCAGGAACUCAGAGUCAUGCUUGCAGAAUUUGCUGAAGUUAGAGGAUGGGAUCAAUAUCACAGUCCCAGAAAUCUUCUUCUAGCACUAGUGGGGGAGGUUGGAGAGCUUUCUGAAAUAUUUCAAUGGAAGGGAGAAGUGGCAAGGGGACUACCCAAUUGGAGUUCUGAUGAUAAGGAACAUUUAGAGGAAGAGCUCUCAGAUGUUUUGCUUUAUCUAGUUCGUCUUGCUGAUGUUUGUGGGCUUGAUCUUGGCCAAGCUGCACUUACAAAGAUAGUGAAGAAUGCGAGAAAAUACCCAAUUGGCAAUCCAAAAUUUUCGACCUAAAAGUUUUGCUCUCAUCUCUCCUCACUAUUUUCAUUUUAUUUUGCUCUUCUUGUUGUUUUCUUUUGCAGAGAUCUUGUUGUUGGGUCUGAUUUGUGAGAGAGAAGUAGUAUGCUAUAAUUUCAGAGUUCAAUUAGAAUAAAUUAAUCUCUCUUUUAGCGUCU